UGCCAUCAAACUCACUUCAAGUGUCUUAAGAAAAGCAAUAGCGUCUACACAAGCGCCAAUAAAGGACAAAACUCGUAAAUCCCACACUUUGGAGAGCAGAAAAAUUUGGAAUCAACAUGAACUUCAACAAAGCCUUCAUCUUCUUAGUGAUCUUGAUGAUUGCAAUUUUCGCCGGACAAACCGAGGCUGGUUGGCUCAAGAAGAUCGGCAAGAAAAUCGAGCAUGUUGGUAAGCACACCAUAGAUACCGCCAUUAAAGUUAUUGUGGCCAAAGAGAUCGCCAAAGGCUAGCAGCUGCCACAUUAUCAAACAGUCACUGCCUAAAUUAAUUAUUGAUAAAUGAAAUCAAUUUUUAUUUUUAAUAAUAAUAAAUUAAAUAAAUCGAUGCAAAAC